AUGUCAAUUACAAAAUCCACCAUCCUAAUCUACACCGGCUCCCCCCUCGACUACCCAGAAUACCGCCACACAGCCCUCCAUUUCACCUUCCCGAGUGGCACAACCAGUACAAUGCAUGUAGUCGGCACGCAGGGCCUAUUCAUCUUCCAAGAGGACGUGGACCUGGAUCCGCACGACGGCGGCGAGCUGGCGAAGGCGGUGCCCGUGGCGGAGAUUGAUGGGUCGGUGAGUGCUGCGACCAUUCGGCGGGCGGUGUCAGCCACGCCGGUGAAGAAUGGGCGGCAGGAUUUGGACUGGAAUUGUCAGAAUUGGGUGGGCGAUGCACUGAUGAUGUUGGUGGAGAGAGGUGUUUUGUCGGCGGGGGAUAGGGAUUUGGCCGUGGAUGGGAUGGUCGAGGGGUGUUUGGAGGCGGGGGAUCAAUGA